CGGCGAAACCGGAGCUAUUAACUUUCGCUUCGUCGCAACACAUACAAUCUCUUAAAAUCAAUUCCUCUCCCUUGUUCUCUCUCUAAACUAGACCGUCGAUUUUGAAAACCGCAUAGACAAUACCCCAAACACCAGUUCCUUUACAUCCGAGGCAUCGAGAGCCAUCAUGAUAUCGACCCCGCCACCCCGCUCCUUGCGCGACAAGUGUCUCGAGCUCCAGCAAAAGGUCGAGGCGUUUAUUGCUGAGGAGGCUGAUACACAGACAUUGCGCGAUGUACAAGAUCAGGUCCGCAAGUCGAUAGAGGUCGUGGAUGAGGCGUUGGAGAAAUAUCGACCGGAACAAAUAUCGUUAUCAUAUAAUGGCGGAAAGGACUGCCUCGUCCUGUUAAUCCUCCUCCUCGCUCGCAUGGGCCGACAUUACUAUUCCACAUCCGACACGACCAACGGCACUUCCGAACUUACACCCCCCGAAAAGCUCCAAUGCGUAUACAUCGUCGCCGCGCAUCCCUUUCCCGAAGUUGACACGUUCGUCGAGACAUCCAGCGAAGAAUACGGCCUCGAAGUUGCGCGCUACGUGUUACCGAUGAAGAAGGGGCUAGAGAUAUACCUUGAGGAACGACCGAGUAUCAAGGCUGUGUUUGUGGGAACGAGAAGAACGGACCCUCAUGGUGAGAACUUGACGUUCUUUGAUCCGACGGACGCUGGCUGGCCGUCGUUUAUGAGAAUACAUCCUGUUAUUGACUGGCAUUACGUCCAAAUCUGGGCUUUUAUUCGACACCUCGGCAUUGAGUACUGCCCUCUAUACGACCAAGGCUACACGAGUCUAGGCGGUAUAAAGGACACACAUCCAAACCCCCAUCUGAAGAAGCAGGGUCAAAAUGGAGAGGGUUUCCGGCCGGCGUAUGAACUAACUCAAGAUGAUGAGGAGCGACUGGGUCGUGAUUCAUGAGGUGACUGUAUUUGUAAGGCAUGUUGAUGUUGCAUAGGAAGGCAUUUUAUAGAGCAUAGACUCGUGGCGUUUGGGUAAAUCAUCUCACCAUCUCAUCGCAUCUAUCUAUUGC